AUGAGCAAGGUUACAGUUAUCAAGGGUAACAUCGUGACACCCUCAAAGGUGCUCUACGGCGGCUUCGUCAUUGUCGUGAAGGAUGUAAUUGUGUCCGUAUGUGGCAGUGAGGCGGUCGCCAGCAAGGAAAUCGAGAAACUGGAGAAGACGCAUCCAGAUCUCGGUGCGGUCACUUGGCAGGAGGCCGCGUUUGUGCUUCCUGGGUUCGUGGAUAUUCACAACCACGGACUGGGUGGGGCGAGCGACGUGAUCGGGCACUGGUCCAACCCAGAGUACUCUCUACAGGAGCUGGCUCGGUGCGGUACGCUAACAACUCUGGCGUCCAUCAUCUUCUCCGACAGCCACAAAGAGAUAGUGACGGACUGCAUUGCUUCCGUUGAGAAGCGCGUGGGGUACUAUACGGAGGGCAACUGCAUCCUAGGUGGCAUUCAUGCCGAAGGUCCUGUCAUUCUUGACCGCGGUGGUUUGCCGGAGUGCAAGAGCGAAAUGAGCCUCGACGACUUCAAGCGGCUCGUAGACUCUAUGCCGUCCUUGCGCGUUAUGACCAUAUCACCACACAUCGAAGCACGGUGCAACUACGAAAAGAUGCGCUAUUUGCUUGAGAAGAAGGUGCGCGUCGCGCUCGGCCACGACCGAGCUGCCUCCAAGUCUGAGAUCAUGGGUGCCCUCAAGCUAGCACCAUCCGAGGAGGAGAAGAUGCACGUUACGCACCUGUGCAAUGUUUCCACCUUCCACCAUCGCGACAGCUCACUGGUGAACGCGGCAAUGUGUCCGCGGUUUCCAAACGCGCCGCUCUACGAAGGGGCUCGGCCGCCGACGCUGGAGAUCAUUGGUGAUCUCAUUCAUGUGGAUAGCGUCACGCUGCAGUCAGUCUUGAUGUCACGCAGCGUGAACGAUGUUGCAAUCAUCACCGACUGCAUCUCGGCCCACAUUCCUGGCAAGCAUGUAGUGUACAACGGGCGUGACGGCGUUGUGCAGGCGGGUGGUGGAUGCUAUUUGUGUGACUCGUUUGGUCGCGCCUCAAACACCCUGGCCGGUGGGACGAGCAUGCUAGCCGACCUGUUCCAUAAUCUGAUCACGCUCUUUGGCAUGGAUGUUGUCAAGGCAUGCCUGCACACCGCAACAGUGCCAGCCCGCAUCGCACAGCUUCACGACGUAGGCGCAAUUGCUGUGGGAAAGAAGGCCAAUUUGCUUCUCUUUGACACGGAGCUCAACACAAUCGAGAAGCGCAUGAUUUACGGACACUGGACCUCGCACAAGCCGUACGCGAUCCUCCGACCCUCUGUUGCCCACCUCUGA